AUGGCUGAUAAGCCAUCUCUUUGCCGUGAUUCGACAAUGGCAUUAACUGUUAAGGCAGGUAAAGAGUUUCUGGCCGGUGAAAAGCUGGGCGAUGUGCGAGCUAUAACCAAUCAACUCAAGAAGUCCGAGCAGUCAUUCAAAAGGAGCACAACAGUCGAUAAAACUAUAGCGGAAGCCAGGAUUCUCCUUGGCAAGGACUUUAAACUCGCAGACACUACGACUGGUCGUACCUUAAGAGACAGAGCCCCAAAGCCAGUUUCAGUCACACCGAUUGGAUCAAAACGUGGUAUCAAAGGAAAGAAAGUUCAGGGGGUUAAAAAGGCUAAAUUGAUCGAUGCGGAUCCACUGGAUGACUAUUUUAGUGAUUAA